AUGGGUCAGUUGCACCUUCUGCUAGUCGCCUGGCUUUUCUUAAGUCCCGGCACGGAUUGCUUUAUUCAUAAUUUACUUAAUCAACUAAGAAGUGAGCUUCAAUUUGAAUAUGCUCUGCUAUUGGGCAACUUGGAACCUAUUUGGUUGGACACUUUGUGGCAUUUUCCAGUUCCCGUUCUCCAAAUAAAAGAGCAUAAUCAGGUAGACUUUAAUUUGGGAAACUAUCAUUCCCGCAACCUUCUCACAAUAGCUUUCGUUAAUGAUUCCCCGGAGGAAGUACUCGGUGUCUUACACAUAAAUCUAAGAAUGUUGAAUACUCGACCAGUUCUCCUGGUUCUUCAGAAAAAGAAAAUGAGAGUAUAUUCCAUGUUGGAAUGGUGUUGGAACCAUCAAUUACUUAAUGUUGUGGCAAUUCGACCAGAUUUCAAGGAGUCAUUGAUUGUCUACAGCUACACACCGUUUCCCAUCUUGCAAUUCAUUGAAAGACGAUUGGAUGGAAGUACGAAAAUAUUCGAAUCACGUUUGGAAAACCUUCAAGGCUAUCGAAUGCCCUUUGUUUUGGGAGGAUCUACCCCACGUUUGAUUGUCUAUCGUGACAAGAAUGGAGAAUUGAUAUUCUCAGGUCCUGUGGGCAAUUUCAUGCUCAGCUUUGAGCAGCGGUAUAAUUGCAGACUGGUUCAGCCGUAUCCUUUUGAUGAGACAGUAACUACACCAUCUCGGGAACUCAUUGGAGCCGUGAGAAAUGGUAGUGCCCAAAUGGCACUGGCAGCUACCUAUGCUCUACUUCCGUUUACCGGAUAUUCGUACCCUUUCGAACUGAUGAGCUGGUGCCUAAUAAUGCCAUUGCCAGCGGAGGUUCCUCACAGUCAGCUCUAUAGCAAGGUAUUUAGUCCCGGGACAUUUUGGAUCACUCUCCUUGCCAUGGUGACGAUUUCAUUGACUUUAUCCAUGGCUCUUCGGAUCCAUGGCUAUAGAGUUACCUUCAGUGAGUACUUGCUGCAUGACAGUUGCCUAAGAGGAGUCCUGUCGCAGAGCUUUUACGAGGUCCUACGAGCACCACCCUUGGUGAGGGGUAUAUACCUUGUGAUCUGUGUACUUGGCCUUCUGAUUACCUCCUGGUACAACUCGUACUUCUCAACCUUCGUGACCAGUGCUCCAAGACUACCGGCCUUCAGCAGUUUUGAAAGCAUCAUGCGAUCGAGUACAAAAGUUGUGAUCUGGAAACCGGAAUACGAAAUGCUGCUCCUUUUGACGGAUAAUAUGAAGAAGUAUUCGGCCAUCUUUCAGUUGCAAAAGGACUUUGAGGCGUUUUUGCAUCUGCGAGAUUCCUUCGACACCAGAUAUGGUUACAUAAUGCCACUGGAGAAGUGGUCACUGAUGAAGGAGCAGCAGAGGGUGUUCAGUUCGCCAUUGUUUAGUCAGCAGGAGGAUCUGUGCGUCUUUCAUAUGGUGCCUAUAGUGUUUCCCAUUGCCAAUAACACGAUAUUCAAGGAACCCUUGGAUCGCCUUAUUUUGGAUGUGACUGCAACCGGACUUCUCAGCCACUGGCGUGAGAUGGUAUUUACGGAAAUGAUCAAAGCAGGACGCUUGGGACUUGUUGAUCUAGGUCAUCCCAAGGAAUUUAGGGCUAUGAAGGUAAAGGACCUGGAACAGAUUUGGCGAUGUUGGGGCUAUAUGCUUGGCCUGGCCACAUUCAUAUUUCUGCUUGAGUGGAUUUGCUUUAGCCGACAAAAGAUCUGGUUACACAUUAAAAAUAUUUUUUUACGUUAUAAGUGAAAACAAAAAUUAA